AUGGUGGGACUUAAACCUCUUAAGUUUGUUUUCCCUAGACUUUACCAUCUUUGUGCCAAUAAAGAUGCCCUCAUCAGUGAAUCGGGGGCUUGGGAGAACGGGAGAUGGAAAUGGCAGGUAACAUGGCGUCGUGAGCUGCUUGAAAGAGAGGUGGAAGGGGUUAAUGAACUCUUUAAGGUUAUUGCUUUGGUUAAUCCAGUUGUAGGUUCGCGUGACCGGUGGUCUUGGAGUGCUUCCAGCGACAGUAUUUAUUCAACACGCUCAGCAUACGAGGCUAUCAAAGAAGCAGAGCACGAGAUGCAAAGGGAGAUUGAUUCCAAGAAAAUUUUGCCAAAGGCGUGGAAAAUUCCAGCUCCUCAUAAGGCGAAAGUCACGGCUUGGAGAAUACUACAAGAUAGAUUACCUUCUUGUGACAACCUCAGGAAAAGAAAUAUUUUGCUUUCCAUUGAAGAACUCCACUGCAACGCAUGCUUUUUUCAGGUGGAAUCGACAAAUCAUCUGCUCCUCCACUGCCCAAAGUCAGUGCAAGUCUGGGACGAAAUUCACAAGUGGCUCGGUGUUUCUUUUGUUCGCCUUCAAGAUGUGGUUUCGCAUUUCGUUGCUUUUACAGGUUUGGGAAACUAUUGCCCCGACGACCGCUCUCCUCAAAGGCUCCGCGUUCCCAAGAUCCGACCUGAGAACCCUUCUCUUUGA